CAAGUUUCGAAGAUAGCACCGGAAGUGGUAUUGUCAGAGGAACGUGUUACUGGCACCGUAACCACAGAACUACGCACUGAUUGCGCUAACAAUUUGCUCUCUUCGAGCGAGACAACCGGCCGCAUCAGCUAUGAAAAUCGUGGCGAGUGUUUUUUCUUGCCAUAUACCAAAGACGAUGUUGAAGGAAAUGUCAAUUUACGUGCCGGCGAUAAAGUCAGCUUCCAAAUUGCAACUAACCAAAGAGGAAACCUUGGUGCUUGUCAUAUCCGUUUAGAGAAUCCGGCACAGCCGGUAAAAUACCGCGGUGUUGUAUGCUCAAUGAAGGAAUCCUUUGGAUUUAUUGAGCGUGCAGAUGUAGUGAAAGAGAUUUUUUUCCACUUUUCUGAAGCUGAGGGAAAUGUUGAGUUGCGUCCUGGCGACGAUGUCGAAUUUACCAUACAAACACGUAAUGGCCGUGAAUUUGCUUGCAAUAUAACACGCUUAGCACCAGGUUCUGUUAUUUUUGAGGACGUGGAUACCACUAUCUACAAAGGACAAGUUUUAAAGCCACUUGACCGCAAUAAUCCAGCUCGUCAAACCAAUGAUCCCUUGCCCGGUCGGAUACGUUAUCGUGCACCAGAUUAUUCUGAAGUUGAAGUACCGUUCGGCGAUAAGGAUCAAAAGGGAGAUUUUACUUUGCGACAUGGUGACUGGGUUCAAUUCUUACUUGCGACUGACAGACGCGAUCAAUUGCAGCGUGCUACUUCGAUAUCUUUACUCGACGAAACCUUUAAAGUAUCUGGUGAGAAGCGUGAACAAGGUGUAGUUGCUUCGCUUAAAGAAGGUUUUGGCUUCUUGCGUUGCGUUGAACGCAAUUUACGUUUGUUUUUUCACUUUACGGAAGUGUUGGACACUAGCCGGGAAAUAGCAGUAAAUGACGAAGUUGAAUUUACUGUCGUCCAAGAACCCGGUGUUCCCUACAAUACUUCUCGUUUACAUGCCAUUCGCAUCAAGCACCUACCACCCAACACGGUGCAGUUUGAAAUGUUAAUGGCAAGUAACAUUGAAGGCUCUGUUACACGCGAGGCUCCUAAAAGCCCAGUUAAAUCCCAAGAUCGCGUUGAAGGCGGUGUGAUCACUUAUGAUCACGGUGAUGUCAAAAAGACUAUAAUGUAUUUCCUUAAAGACUGCGAGAAACCACCAAGAAUUGGAGAUCGUGUACGAUUCGAUAUCUACUUGGUAAAACGAAACAAAGAGUUCAUUGCUGUAAAUGUACAGCUUAUAGGGCAAAUGCAACAGUUACACCAGCAACAGUUGCAACAACAACAACAACCACAACAUAUGUUAACCAAUACAACGAACCAACUACAACAACAUCAACAUAUGCAUAACCAAAACAAUGAGCAGAUGCUAUUGUCCAAUGGUGUCGGGGUUGGCCUUGGUGUCGGCGUCGGUGUUGGUGUUGGUAUGAGCGCUGGAGGUAAUAGUGGUGGUAUGUUGCUGCCACCGCAAAACGGAUACUUACCAAUGGCCAAUUCCAAUCAGCUGCUAUCCACACCAAAGAUUGAAGACUUCAAAUUGGACAAUAAUAACUUAUCAAUGAACGAACAUGGCCAAACUUACCGAGGCUUUAUUGCUGUCAUCAAAGAAAAUUUUGGAUUUAUUGAGACGCUUUCACAUGAUGAGGAAGUCUUUUUCCACUUUAGCAAUUAUGUUGGCAAUCCAAACUGGUUGGAACUUGGCCAAGAGGUUGAGUACACCCUAUCACCGAAUGGCAACACUUCCGUUUCGGGUAAUUGCUUGCCCGCUGAAAAUGUGCGCACUCUACCAAGAGGCUCAGUACCGCAACCAGCCGUCUUAGAGGGAAUACACAAUGGAGUAGUAGCACGCCCUUUACGUUGCAUUAAUCCCGAUCAGCAGGAGUAUGCCGGACUCAUUGAAGUGUUGGAUGAAACUAAACAGAGUGUUUUGUCGCAACACGAAUUUGGAAUUACCAGUUUGGUAAAUAAGCGUGAUUUACUCCAAAAAGGGGAUUUGGUAACUUUCAAAAUAGAUGAAAUCGGCCGUGCAGCUGAGAUAAAUGCCGUACGUCAAAAGAAGCGUGCAACUGUUGAUUCGAUUAAAGGCCAAUUUGGAUUUCUCAAUUACGAAAUCGAGGACGGCAAGAAGCUCUUCUUUCAUAUGUCCGAGGUUCAAGGAAAUGCUGUCGCAUUACACCCAGGCGACACAGUUGAAUUCUCCGUGGUUACCAAUCAGCGCAACGGUAAAUCGUCAGCUUGCACUGUGCUAAAGAUUAAUGAUCGUCCAGACCGUUUGAUAUCCCGCCUUAAGUUAAAUGCAGACGAUACUGUGCCACGUCUAAUCAUCACUCGAGCACCACGCGGACCACAAAGCAAAGGUUUCUUGCCGCAGGCACGUAUUGCACGCAUUCCAGGAAUCACAAUUGAAUAAACAGCAGCAUUGACAAAAACCGAACUCGAAAGCUCAACACUUCGUGGUGAAAUAUCCGCAAUGACAUAUAAAAUAAAUGAAUAAACAGAAAUUGAGGGUGCAGGAUAAGCGGGGGAAGAGACAUGGAUAUUUUAUUUAACACAACUUAUAGUGUACUAAGGCAGUUGAAUUGCAGUAAGUUAAAGAAUUAGAAGCUAAUGAAAAGAAAAGCGUAAAGCCUCAUCUCUUCCUCAGAAAUAAAAUAAAUAUGACAUAUUUAUUAAUACGAAUACAAAAAUAACACACUACAAAAUCUUAAAUAAAGGAAUACAGUAAUAAAAAGAAAAUCUUUACUGCUUGUGUUAAAGAAAAGAACUACAUAAAAGCAUUAUGAUAAGAAAACAAGAUAUUGCAGGCACGUAUCAGGCACGAUCGAAAACAGUUUAUGUUUUACUGUGGUCAUUCAAACAUUUUACGAUAUGCCAAAGUGCAAGCGGAUUUCCAAUUAAUUAUUAUUAUUUUUUUUUUAUUAAUAAUUGACAUAAACAUAAUAUGAUGAGUAUUCAAACACAAAUUAAGUAAAAGAAGUAAAAUGAAACUGCUGAGGUCAAAGGAGUAAUAGUUGGAAUGCAAACAAAAGCCACGGUAAAAUUCAGGAAUCUGUAUUGCAAACCGGCACAUACUCUCGUAAUUUAACCAUUAGCAGCAAAAAAAAUUAAAUUAUUUAUUGUCCAUAUGUAAUCUUAUGCUUGUAUGUAAUUAAUUCAUUGAAAGAAACCUUUUAAUUUAUUUAUGUGUGCUGUAUACACAAGCAAAGUGACUAAAAUUUAAAUCCUUCAAUAUGACAAAAUUAUAAGUUAUGAACAAAGUAUGCCCCACUUUUAGCUGGAAGUUUUAAAAUGUGUAAUAUAAAACUAUUACCCUAAAUCUAUCUGUGUUAAAUCUUCGUAUUUUGCUAUUUAAUACAAACUGAUAUCUCCCAGAAUGUUUUUGACGUUCGUUAAAUGUUACAAUGCCAAAUUACAAUGAUGAAUUUCGUAUACUGUUUUGACGCAACCAAAAAUUCUUUAUUCUGAUAUUUCUCUUUCUAUCCUGGAUUAUUCACCAUGAUUAAUACUAUCUUGCGUUGCAGAUCUUAGAACUAUUUUUUUGUUUAGUUUCCAUUCAUUCAGCUAUUACUAACUACAUAUAUACAUAUACAUACACGUACUACUACAAAUGCUUAUGGAAGAAUAUUAUCUGUCUCACUUAUUCAUAAUGCUAUCGAAAUGAAAAUGCUAUUAUUACAUAUAUUAUAAACUAUAUUUUGAAUCUUAAAAUAUUCCUUUAUUAUAAUUUCUUCCUUUGAAAAUCAUGCAAAUUAGCAAUUGAGCGAUGAUAUAAAACCAACACACAAAAUUAAACAAAGUUUAGUGUUUAGUUAUUUAAUUUAAUUUAUAUUACAAAACAGUUAUUGUAAUAACGGUGAUGAAUUAAAAAAUCGUUGCAUUAAAUCAAACAAUAAAUGCAAAUUUUGAAGUGGCGAAUUCAAUUUGCUCCGUCAGUUUGCAAUAUACAUAUAUUAUAUAAAAAUUAACAGCUAAAAAAUGGCAACAAAAAAAAAACAUUUAAUUAAGUAAGAAAUCCCCCAAAUUAAGCAAGAUACAAAAAUAUGAAACUAAAUAAUAUAGAGUAUUAAAAAUAUAUAAUGAUAAUCUUCAUGAACAUACAAUGAAUUUCAAUUACAUUCAAAAUUGGGAUCAGUCCUAUAGCCAUGUUAAAAUUAUAA